AUGAAUAGUUCAAUCUCUUCUCUUCUUAUAUUUCUUCUCCUCAUCCCGAGCUGUUCUACAACUGGAAUCUUAUGGAUUCGCAUGUCAUCAAGUGUUAAUGUGGUAGCCCGUGUUGAAUUCAUUGAUCGAGAAAACUCGUCAAGAUAUGGAAUUUCUUUUGACACUCAACUCCACUCUCAUCAUAAAGAGUUUGUUAUUCCGAUGCCAUCUCCAUCUUCUAAUUCAUCUAUUCCAAUUCUCAACUACGGUAUUCGAACGAAGAAGUCAAUUACUGGAAAUAAUUUCGGGAAAAAGUACGAAAAUAUAUUACCACUUGUUGUCAAUGAGCCGUGGAUUCAUAAAACAUUGAAAGAUGAGAACAAUAUCUUCAUUCAUGUGUCCAUUCGUUCUGAAUGUCUCCCGAAUUACUAUGGAUCCAUCUGCCAAUAUUAUUGUAGUCCCGGAGAGAAGUUCCCAAUAAAGGAUUGCAGAGAGAAGAAAUGCCAGAAUUAUUCCAAGUGCCACUUCGAUGGAACUACCUCCGAAUGCAAAUGUCAACAAGGAUAUUUUGGAGAACUUUGCGAAAAGAAAACAAUAGCCGUUGCACCUCGAAAUCCUGUCGAAUCGCUUAUUCUACUGGCUACUUUCAUAAUUUUCCUCACUCUUUGUGUUGUUUUUAUUUUUGCAAGCUACGUUUUAAAAGCUGCAACCUCUAUACGAAACGGAGCGGAACCGAUGAAAUUUUCGGUUGUCCCCGAGCUGAAUUUGUCGGAAAAAUAA